UUUCCACUAUCCACCGCCAAUCGACAACUGAGCGAUAAGAUAAGAAGCAAUGAUGCCAACUGUGACUCAUGAAACGGGUCAUUCAGAGAUUUGAUCGCUUCCACCAGACGAAUCCCUUCACUAUCGAGAUUAGUUCUGCUGUAAGAAACAAGGAUGAUGAAUGGAAUAGAAAGAGCAAACGAGGAGAUUGGACCGCUCACUUGUUGCUCGAACGUCUUCUUCAGAUUAUCCCAAGCUUUCUGGAAUGGCCUCCGAGCCAAUAGAGCAAGUAAGAAAAGCCUAACGGAAUUGACUGGCGUUUCAUUGAGAGCAAGCUGGUUAUACGCUCGACCUACAUCCGAAUCCAUCUCUACAGCACGACGAUAGUAAAGUGUGGAAAGUGACGACUGAUCGGUAUUGGUCAGGUAUCUGUGGAGAUCUCCCAGGUACAGGUUGUACAUUGCAGCAUGCCGAGGACUUUCAGCCAGCAUGCUCUGCAAUUCACCACAGAAAACCGAGACCAUUACAUUGAACCAAUUGUCACCAACAGUCUGUAAGCAUAUAUCAAGGAAAUUCAACAACGUUGGAUCAAAUACUAUCCUAACCAUCAAGAUUUUCAUCGUCACUCUCAUUUUAAAUUCACCGCCAUCUUAUGGAACGAGAUUGCAUUAG